AUGUCGAUCCGCGAAUCUAGUGGUCAAGUGGCUAAGCGAGGCCUCCAAAAUGUUGUCGAUCCGUACCAUUGGCAACAGAUGGACUGGGAAUUCACAAUCAGAAAAUAUGAAAUGUCGAUCCGCGAAUCUAGUGGUCAAGUGGCUAAGCGAGGCCUCCAAAAUGUUGUCGAUCCGUACCAUUGGCAACAGAUGGACUGGGAAUUCACAAUCAGAAAAUAUGAAAUGUCGAUCCGCGAAUCUAGUGGUCAAGUGGCUAAGCGAGGCCUCCAAAAUGUUGUCGAUCCGUACCAUUGGCAACAGAUGGACUGGGAAUUCACAAUCAGAAAAUAUGAAAUGUCGAUCCGCGAAUCUAGUGGUCAAGUGGCUAAGCGAGGCCUCCAAAAUGUUGUCGAUCCGUACCAUUGGCAACAGAUGGACUGGGAAUUCACAAUCAGAAAAUAUGAAAUGUCGAUCCGCGAAUCUAGUGGUCAAGUGGCUAAGCGAGGCCUCCAAAAUGUUGUCGAUCUGUAUCAUUGGUAA